GUGCAGCUCCCGUUCAAGGCACGAGUGGGGUUUAGAGGCAGCGGAGGCCGGCUGUUGGACCGCGCGCACAUCCGUCUGAAGGGAGGGAGGGUCCGUAAUAAGUUUCCUUUUUUCUACCUCGGUACGGAAGCCGAGCGGGGACCAGUUGGUUACGCAGCGGCCGUGGGGUCUCCACACCCGAGAGUAUGGCGGCUGGGAUUGCACCGGAGAGCGAGGGAGAAGCGGAGACACACCAGAGAUGCUGAAAAAGAAACAAAGGGACGCAAGUUCUUUAAUUAAGUGUGGAAAUACUUUUUAGUCGGUGCUGUUUUCCCGAGGCGGCGUCCGGGCUUGCAAAAAUUGCGCCUGCACUUCAUUCUCGAGACUAAGCCAGCGUUUUUCCCCAGUGUCCUCGAUGGAGCAAGUUUGUUUUUUUCUGAUGCAUAGAGAGGGUGAGUUAAGCAGAUGAAAACCCGCACGCGCCACAUCAUCGGGCGAUAUUUCCUUCCUGCCCGUGCACAUUUUGGGACAGUUGCAGCCUUCGGGUGCCCGUAUAGCUGUCGGUGUCUGGCCUGCAUGGGUUGAAUUUCUACAAUGAAAUCCAUCUUGGGGCACCGAGUCUUUGUGCUCUGCCUUAGCUGAGCAGCGGCGAGCAGGACCGUGUUAUUGACAACCCGCUCGAAAUGGGACGCGAAUUGUCAAUGUGAUUCGUGGCGUGGACGGCUCGAGUUCAUUUCAAUGACGCGCGGAGAUUUGAUACCUUAGUUACGACUUGAUUUAAUCCACGAUGCGCGAGUAUAAAGUGGUGGUCCUGGGCAGCGGUGGGGUCGGGAAAUCCGCCCUCACCGUGCAGUUUGUAACCGGGACUUUCAUUGAGAAGUACGACCCCACUAUAGAGGAUUUCUACCGCAAGGAGAUCGAGGUGGACUCCUCGCCCUCGGUGCUGGAGAUCCUGGACACCGCCGGUACCGAGCAGUUCGCCUCCAUGCGGGACCUCUACAUCAAAAACGGGCAAGGAUUCAUACUGGUCUACAGCCUCGUCAACCAGCAGAGCUUCCAGGACAUAAAGCCGAUGAGGGAUCAAAUCAUAAGAGUGAAAAGGUACGAGAAGGUUCCCGUGAUCCUGGUGGGGAACAAGGUGGACCUGGAAAGCGAGAGGGAGGUGUCGUCCAGCGAAGGCCAGGCCCUGGCCGAGGAGUGGGGCUGCCCGUUCAUGGAGACCUCGGCCAAGAGCAAAACCAUGGUAGACGAACUGUUCGCCGAGAUCGUUCGGCAGAUGGACUAUGCCGCCCAGCCGGACAAGGAUGACCCUUGCUGCUCCUCUUGCAAUAUACAAUAGCCCCGGGGGGGCCUCCAGGACCGGGCCAGGCAAAAAGUAUACUUAGAGGAAGCUACACCAACCCGCAGCAGAGAGACACACACACACACACACACACAUGCACAUGCCAAUUAGGCGGAAGAAAAAUUCAUGGUUGAACGCAAUGGAUUUUAACUCCACGGAGCAUAAAAUCAGCAGUGACAUGAUAAUUAAUAAAGAGAUGUGAGUGAGGAUGAACAGGGAAUGCCAGGAAUUUGCCGCGGGAGACGUUGACAAACGACGAAAAGGAACAUGCCCUCGCCUUAUGUUACUCUCUUCUGUCUUUAUCCCUUUGAGUUGAGGGGGGGGGCGCGGGGGAAUCAUCAGCGAACAAUCACAGAUUAGGAUAUUUACUCUUUAGGUUCUAUCAUUUGUUAUAAAUGAGUAAAAAAUGUGUUUUCUCUUGCUUUUGUUACAAAAGAAGUAUUGUUUUUGUUACUACAACUCGGUUUACAAGUCGCUACUAAACACAAAUUCAAUAACAGGUUUCUGGGAUCCAGUUGUUUUAAAUAAUAAGCAGUAUUUGAUUUACAGUAUGUACAAUUGUUCUCCCAGUUUAUUUUGUGCGUUGACGGUUGGAGUUUUGUUCCACUCAUCACAGGGCUGAAUCAAAGAGGUGACCUGAAAGCACCUCCAUUUUCCUAUACAUCUGUUGUUGUUUUUUCUGUCGUUACAACAGGAACGGAGAGAAAAUGGUAGAGAAGUCAGCGUCUCUCUUGACACAUUGGUGCAGUCGUCUCUUUCCUAUUUCCUGACUUUGAGAUACAAUAGCAGAGUCUUUAACAUAUCGUGUGGUGUUUCAUUCCCUCCCCCCCCCCCGGGAGACUCUGACAGCAGAUUGCCGAGUAGUAAUAUAACCAACUGCUUCAUCCUGAUGGGACAAAGAGUUCAUCUUUUUCAGUUUUUGAAUAUCACUACCAACGAUCUCUCUGAACCCUUUUUCAGGAAUGGGUGACAUUUGAAGUGAAGAUGCCAACGUUUGUCAUACGUUACAUAUUAUUUUUCUCCUCUGAUCAACAUGAAACGGGGUGCUCCAGAGUUUCCACAUCCUGAUCCCAUUCUGUGUGUGCUCAGAGUAUUCAAAUCCAUAGUAACAAAGGCAAAGAUGAUAAUAACAAUAAUAAAUGGUAGUGUACAUAUUUUGUAUUGAAAGUGCCGGCUCCUGUGAAGACACCGACUCAACACAUGUGGAACUGUCAACUGUAUGCAUGGCUAGUAAACAAAAAAAAAAGGACUCUUCAUUGUGUGAGAUAAAAAAAUAGGCUGUGGAAAUGUGCAAACCAAACACAUACAUGUCUGGACUGUACAUCUGUGCUGCCACGGGAACCAGACUUUCCUCGUGUGACCAUUUUCAUUGUUGAUUUUAUAUUUUUUUAUGUGACCAUUCACUCUUUAUUCCCUCUCUGAAUGGUGACACUGUUACAUUUGACACCUAAACAAUAAAAGUGCGUUAAACACUU